CUUGACAUCAGCCUCGCCGGUUUUUGUUUAUUUUAUUUUAUUUUUAUUUUAGUUUUAUUUGAUCUUUUUUUCUUUUUCUUCUUUUUCUGUCUGCUCUCCCCGUAUCCUCUUCCUUAUCAUCUAUCUAAACUCCUGCCUUUUGAAGGGAAAAAAAGCUGGUUGGAAGACCUCAUGCCAUCGAACGUGACUUUGAUAACGCGUUAAAAAGGUUUCUUUUGGAUUCCAUUUUGCUGUCAUCGUCCGUUUAGUCGCUGGCCGCCACCUUUUUUUUCCUCGAGGCCUUUAUUUUAUUUGGAGAAAAGCAACGCAGGCGAACAAAACCAAUCCACGCCUUUGGCUCUGCCCUGAACCUCCUCCUUACUGCCCAAACCAUCAGACCAGAAUCCGCACAGACUCUCCCAUCUAUCCAAGUAGACUGACUGGUCCAGCUCUCAAAUCAAAACACCAAAGCUACCUACCUACCUAACUGGACCUUACCUGUCUAGCAAUUUUCCCCGUUCUGGUCCAGCCUAGCCUGGCAAGGCGUGUGUGUUCCCGCUUGGGUUGGCUGUUGCUGCUGCUUUGACUUGCCGGCUGUCAAAAGAUUAAGAAAGCCAUCAGUCGACAAGAAAAAAAAAAACGACGGGCGCGCGCACAUACACAAGAAUACACCCACAGACAUCAUAAAAAAAACACUCAACAUACGCAUACGUAUCCGGGAAACUUUAUUUUUUUCCAGCAAAACAUCACCAAAGUUGGAAAAGCAAAACUCACCGUGUACUCUGUUUUUCAAACCCGCCGAAAAUUCGCGCCUGGCAGACGGCGACUUUCUUGUUCACCCCCUGAGCAACUGAUCUACAAAGUCGAGGACCCUCGUUCCCUCGGGGUACAAGAAAACACCCCAACCCCCGCCGACCGCCGCGUCCCCGCCUCGUGAGGCAGCCAAAUACCCCCUCUUUUGGCCGCCAUGAGCUUCAACACGGGGACGGCGUACGCCGAGUCGGACGCAGAUGACGAGUACGAGAGGGAUAUUCACGACAGCUCACCCAUCGACGCCACCGAUGCCGAGGCGUCGCCGACCGAGUCGGACCCGCCGUCCAACGAACACACGCCCACAACGUACGGAUAUCGCAGCAGUGCCGAUCGCCUACCGGAGACAAUCAUCUCGGAGUGGACGGCCGACGAGUGCGCCGACUUUAUCGCCACGAUCGGUCUGGAGCAAUACUCGACUCGUUUUGUUGAAAACGAAAUCGUUGGCGAGGCACUCGUUGCGCUGUUACACGAUGAUUUAAAGUCGAUGGGGAUCCACAGUGUUGGCCAUCGACUGACCAUCCUGAGGAGCGUUUACGAUGUUAAGAAGGCGCAGGACGUGCCAGUGGAAAGCGACCAUUACGUACCUUUGACCGCGGAAAACGAGGGGCAGUACGCGACUGCUAAGGACAUCAAGAACUUGGUGGAGCAGUUGCGAUUGCGCGACGAGCGCAUGCACCUUUUUGAACAGGACUUUCGUCGGCUUGCAGAAGACUUUAGGAGAUUGCGCGAAGACAUGCUGCCAGCGCUUAGGUUGGCCAAGGAUGCGCAGCAGCCGCUGCCGCACCUGAACAACGGCUCGGCAUACGCUGGAUACGAUACGACGAUAUCACCACCGGCACCGACACCCUCGACGAGUGGUCAAUCUGGAGGCGGCCUCAAACGCCAGUGGUCGACCAAGAAGAUCAUGCUAGGCACGACACCAAAAGCCACUUCGCCAACGCACCUCCAAACGGCACACGAUAGGUCGCUUGCAGAGCAGACUCUGGACCCUUCGAGCGCGGCCGAGAGGGCUGUAAUGUCAUCAAGCCACCUAGCCAUCAACGGCCUCGCACCAUCGGCAACGUCACCCUCGUAUCCAUCAAUAAAUAUUCCCUCGCCGACGUCUCCACCAACAACACUUGGUGGAACGACACUGGCAUCUCGAUCUUACCGUUCAGACCAACCGACGCCAUCGAGCCGAUCGACCUUUGCAGAAUCGGACUACGCGCACCCUGGGGGACGGGACAAGCAGCCGGUGGCGCCGCGCAGGAUGCAGACGCCAGCACCUGACACACCAAGCGGCAGUAACGCGUCGGUUGAGAUUUUCAAGUCAUUCCGAGUCAGCAUGGACGAUCCGUGCUACAAGGUACUGCCGGCCGCACUGAAAAAAUACCAAAUCAACGCACCGUGGGAUCAAUACGCGCUUUACAUUGUUUAUGGGGACCAGGAGCGCUGCUUGGGCCUUGAGGAGAAGCCUCUCAUCUUGUUUAAGCAGCUCGACAAGGAGGGCAAGAAGCCCAUGUUUAUGCUCCGCAAGACCAACAAUGCGCAGGUUGAUAUUGGCAACGAGGCUCCAGGCAGCGCGGGGUUGGGAGCUAGUGCAAGAGGGGCGGCCACAGGAUAUGAUCCCCCAGGUGGAAUAAUAUAAAUCAAGCAGGAAGGAAUAGCCAGAAUGAAGCACAAGCUGCCUUUGUUCUGAGAAGCCCUUCUUGCCGCUUUGAUGACCAAGGCUCAAAGAAAGUUUGGCCUUGAUCCGGCUCCCAAUUCACAUGUUGCCGAUAUACCCUCACCAUAAACUAUUCUCACCCAACCUGUAAAGAGACAUACACGCAUGUGUGUCUUGAUUGCUCCUUUCUAAUCAAUUCUCAGCCGUCACAUAUCCCUUUUGUUAACCACUUUGGAGAGCUAUCUGUCUUGUGUCCGACUUGAGUCGAUGUACAGAACCUGGAUGUUGCAACGACUUGGGCUACUACUAUUUAGUACUAGUGAAACAUAGUUGUCCGAAUAUAUUCUUCUGGCAAGGCUUUGAGUAUAGGCUGUAUUCUGUUAUUUACCAAUGCAUCACCUUCAAUAUCUCCGUGGAAAGACAGGGUAAAGUAAAGCAAGUUAUUUUCUAUUUUGCUACGGCUACCGGAA